AUGCGCGGUCAAGGGUAUGACAAUGGUUCCAAUAUGAGAGGAGAAAAAUCGGGAGUACAAACAAGAAUCAGAAAUAUAAACCCCAGAGCAUUUUAUGUUCCAUGCAGCAGCCAUUCGCUAAAUUUGGUUGUAAACGAUAUGGCAAAAUCCUCGUUUGAGGCAGCCAACUUCUUCAAUAUUGUUCAAAAGUUAUAUACAUUUUUUUCUUCCUCUUUUCGUUGGGCAAUAUUACGGAAAUAUAUUGAUGCUUACACCCUAAGACCAUUGAGUGAUACGCGAUGGGAAAGUCGAGUCAACUCAUUAAAAGCUCUGCGGUUUCAAAUUGGUUCAAUUCACGAUGCUUUGUACAGCAUAUAUGAAGAUUCAGAAAUCGAUAAUAUGAUCAGAGACGAGGCUAGCGGAUUAUUAAAUAAUUUGAAGCAGUUCAAAUUUAUAUGCUCUGUUGUGAUCUGGUACAAAAUUUUGAGUCAUAUUAACCCCAUCAGCAAACUUUUGCAAACUGUAAAUUUUGAUAUGUCACAAGCUAUUGAUAUGCUUAGCAACUGCAAACUCUUCUUUGAAAACCUGAGAUCAGAUGAAACUUUUGAAAGCAUCAUUUUAGAAGCAACCGAGCUUGCUUCAGAGAUUGACGUGGAAGCUAAUUUCGAAACCACCACACCACGUCAUCGUGUCAGAAGCAAAACAAGAACGUUUUUGUAUGAGGGCCCGGAUGAACCCAUUCAAGACCUCAAACAAAAAUAUAAAAUAGAUUUUUUUUUCACACUAUAG